AGAAGACAAAGAACAAGAUAUCUGCUGAUUACCGCUGCGGCAGCCGACGCGAGAGCAAGGGGCGGAGCGCGGGUCAGGCCAUUUCGACAAGGCGACGGCAGCAGGACAGCUCAUUGGUCAUUUUUCGACAUGACCGUUGCCACUCAACUCAAGCAAAAAAAGGAUCGGCAGAAUGAACGCGUUCCGGUACCCAAGCUUCCAACCGUCGACGAAGUGAGGAAAGCGGUUCCGGCACAUUGCUUCGAGAAGAAUCUCGUGAAAUCCAUCAGCUACCUCGUGCAGGAUCUAUUGAUUCUUGCUGGUCUAUACCUGAUCCUACCUUACGUUGAGCAGUACUUAGGAUGGAUGGGAUAUCUUGCCUGGUGCUGGGCCUUCGGAUUCUGUGGCAGUGCCCUAUUCGUCAUCGGUCACGACUGUGGACAUGGCUCUUUCUCAGAAUACGAAUGGGUGAAUGACCUUUGCGGCCAUAUUGCUCAUGCCCCUAUCCUCGCCCCCUUCUGGCCAUGGCAAAAAAGCCACAGGCAACAUCAUCAGUACACUUCUCAUUUGGAGAAGGAUAAGGGUCAUCCUUGGGUAACCGAAGAAGACUUCAAUCAAAGAACAGCAGUGGAGAAGUACUUCGCCAUGUUUCCUCUCUCGGGAUGGAUUCGCUGGAAUCCCAUCUACACGGUGGUUGGACUUCCGGACGGAUCUCACUUCUGGCCAUGGUCGCGGCUCUUCACCAAUACGACGGACCGGGUGAAGUGCGUCAUCUCGGGAUUGGCUUGCCUAUUCUGCGCAUCUGUUGCCUUCUACAUGUGCGACUACUCGAUCUACAACUGGCUGAAGUACUACUAUGUCCCACUCACUUUCCAAGGCCUAAUCAUGGUAAUCAUCACCUAUCUCCAACAUCAGAACGAUGAGAUCGAGGUUUACGAAGGUGACGAAUGGUCUUUUGUGAGAGGUCAAACCCAGACCAUCGACAGAAAAUAUGGAUUUGGUCUUGACACUAUCAUGCAUCACAUUACAGAUGGCCAUGUUGCGCAUCAUUUCUUCUUCACCAAGAUCCCUCAUUACAAUCUCAUGGAGGCCACUGAAGCUGUUAAAAAGGUGCUAGAACCUCUGAAGGAUACCCCCUACGGUUACAAGUCGGAAACGAACUACGACUUCUUCUUCAAAUACCUCUGGUCAAACAUUAAGCUCGACUACCUCAUCAACAAGAGCAAAGGUGUACUCCAGUACCGAAGCGGAGUUGAGAAGGCAACCAAGACGGAAUAAACUUGACCCCCCUUUCAUCUCACAGUUUUGUGCUGUCAGUGUGUUUAGCAGUUGUUCUUGGGAUGAGCUUGGCUCUCGCUGUUUGUCUAGCGCGCCAGCAACUGGCGACUUGUUUCCUUGUCCAAUUGCCCCAACGUUCAGGGCUUUGCGUUUCGUUCGGCGGCAUAGCUUAUGAGAUAAUAAAGGUCUUGAUUCAAUA